AUGACAGUGAGUGUCACCAAUGUUAUUGCUCCGGCGAGAGAGAGAGAUAUUAUCUGUGUUGCGGGCAACGAGCGACUGACGGUGGGUUCAUGCAGACGUGCGCGAACACACGAACACAGAAGUGCUCACACCCGCAAUCUGUGCGGUAGUGUGUCUAUCAGUCCAUCUACCUCGACUCCAUCGACGCGAACACACUAUUUCCAUUUCUAUCUGUCUACCUGUCGCUGUUUCAGUCCAACUGUCUACUUGAAGUUAUUUCCGCCCAACUGUCUACCUAAUUCAUUUUUAUUGUUUCUUUCUUCUCUCAAUCGAUCCCGCCUCUUUUUCAGAUCAGUUGAUCGAUCUCUCUCUCUCUCCUUCUCAUCAGUUCCACAUUUUGUCUCUUUUUCCCUUUUCGUUUUUUCUAUCCCUUCAACUUCUCAUAUCACCCAUUUACUUUCUUUGUGUGAUUUCUCGAACAAUCUAUCGCAUAUACCUACCCACCUAUCGACUGUCACCCUACCUCUUGUACCCAUCUCUCUCAACCCUACCCUAGCCCCACUCCACUGUCAGUUUAUCACACUUCUGUCAUCACGGUUCUACCCUCGUGCCUCGGGCACACAGACGCACACACACACAGGGUCCAUCAUUUGUUGGGUCUUCCGUCUGUCUUCACUUUUUUGUAAUCUUUUUCCAUCUGGUUUUUCUCUCUCUCUCUCUCUCUCUCUCUCUCUCUCUCUCUCUCCUCCUUAUUAUUCCACUAUUCUCUCCCCUGACACUUUCUUGUUUCUGGGAAUUUUUUUCCUUUAUCUAUUUGUCCGUCUGUCUACCUCCAUAAAUCUGUUCUUUAUCUAUCUAUCUAUCAAUCCAAACUUCUUCAUAUCUGUCCGUCUGUAUGUUUCUUUGCUGUUCUCAAUCUAUCUAUCAAACUGCCCAUCCAUCCACACUACUUCAUAUCUAUCUGUUUAUCUCUGUUCAAAGUUCUUCAUAUCUAAACUUCUUCAUAUCUGUCUAUCUAUCUCUCUAAACUUCUUCAUAUCUGUCUAUCUAUCUCUCUAA